AUGGGCUGGUUUAUCGGGGCUGAGGUGCGUGCCCAGCAAGCACAGCAGGCUCAAGCUCAGCAGGCGCAGCAGGCUCAAGCAGCCCAAGCCCAACAAGCUCAAGCCGCCCAACAAGCGGCACAACAAGCGGCCGCACAGCAGGCGGCGCAGCAAGCAGCCGCGCAGCAAGCGGCACAGCAAGCAGCAGCGCAAGCAGCACAAGCCUUGCCGCCACCUUCCCAGGCUCAGCAAGCAGUGCAGCAAGCGGCACAACAGGCUGCCGCCCAGCAAGCAGCGCAAGCGGCAGGUGUUUCACUGGGCAAUCUGGGCAGCCUGUCUUUGGGCGGCCUUCCACUGGCAGCUUUUCUGCAAGUUUGCUCUCCUUUCGUUGCCUUAAACUGCUUUGUUCCCAACUCCUUUGGAAGUUUGGCAGUCACCGCUUCGCAGGCUGGUCUGGAUCAGGCCAAUGCCCAAGCGCAAACGCAGGCGGUGCAGAAGCUGCCACGGUGGCAAGUUGUCACUCGGGAUGUUGCUGCAUUUGGAUGGCAUGCGGCUUUGGACGCACAAGCGGCAUUGGAUGCACUGGGCCUCGGUGUUGUCGUUGAACAGGCACAAGCCGUGGCCGAGGCACAGCAGCGUGCCGUGGUCCAGGCACAAGCUGCGGCUGCUGCGGAGCAAGCAAGGCUGCAGCAGCAACAGCAGCAGCAACAGAGGGAACAGGCCAUUGCUCAGGCGAAGCAACGCCGUGAGGAGAAGCUGAAGGAAGCGCAGGCCGAGCGAGAGGCCGAAGAAAAGUUGAGGUGUCAUUUGCACAAGAAGCCCAAUUCGAAGUGCAAAUUCUGCAAGCGACACCAGGAACACGUCACAGAGCGUGAUGAGAAAAAGGCGGCACUGUCAAAGAGUACCGAAAAGGAGAGGAGAUUUGAUCUCAUCGGUGCUCCUCGUGGAGCACUGGAGAUCGUCAACACAAAGACCUAUGGAUUCAGCCCACUGCUUCAGACGCACGUAGUGGAGUCAGCUCACUUCAAGGCACUCUUGUCCUUGGAAUCGUUUGAGCAGAUGAUUGACGAGAUGAAUCAGCUGAUGGACCAUCCAGAGAAUGCAUACAUCCGCUGUGUAGGCGGAUGGAGGGGUGCUGAAGAGGAGAGUUUCCUUUUCGUGCGGUUUGGACUGGCUCCUGACUCGUUGUGGAACUGGCUCGGGGAGUAUGUGUUGGAUGAUGAGGAGCUGCGGCCAGCCAAGGAGAGCCCGGAGAGCUUGGCUGGAUCAUUUCUGGCUUGGUGCUGUCAUUCAGUCAGCCAUGAGAUGGCCGUGCUCGGUGCUUUGGAAGCGCAUGAGAUGGCUUGCUCUGACAUGAGCGAGAUUCCUAACCUGUCUGUUUUGGAUGUUUGGGACUCAGAGUGGCGCACCACCAUCGGGGAGUUUGUGGAGGGCUUGCUGAGCCAAGACAAGUAUUAUUCAACUGUCUUGCCACGACUGCCGAUGUCAACCAAGAGGCAGCUUGAAGCCAAGCUGGCGCCAAUUCCUCAGAGCCGGAAGCGCUCCAAGUGCAACCUAGCAUUCUUGGAAGUCUAUCGAGAACAGGGCGUCAAAGUGGAGAUCAGCCACGACGGUGAGUGGGUGACCGGUACCACUUUAGAGCUGAUCGAGGACAUGCCCUCGAGGCUCAAGGUGCUGGUCAAAAUGGACAACGAUGACAGUGAGAAGGUGAUCAGGGCAAAGAUCGAUCGUGCAGCACAAGCUAUGAAGACGGAUGGAAGUAUGAGGAUCCUGCACAAGUUGAUCGGCAAAGCAGGAUUCGUCCCGUUCUUCCCACCUGUCUUUGGCCGUGCGCACGACUUUUGCGUCAGUUUGAUUGACAAGAGAGGUAGACAGCGACUGCUCGCUUCCAAGAUUCAGGACGGGCGAAACGGAUGA